AUGACGGAAUUGAACUACGACAAUUUUUAUUCAUUUAAUAAUUCUUUUCAUCAAAAUUAUGAAGAAAAUGGGAUAUUUACAUCAAAAACACCCACCAAUUUCGAAGAUGGACUUUAUAUUUUUGAUAAUCAAAAUUUUAAUUAUUCUCAACAAUUUACUAGUGCUAUUUCUCAACAAAAGAAUUUCGAAUUAUCUAAAUUUUCAAUGUCCUUUUCUCCAAAAAUAAAUUUAGAAAAUGGUGGAUAUUUAUCUAAUAUACCAACCAAAAACGUUCAACCAACACCACAAAAUUUAAUUUGCAAAGAAUGUGGAACUAGUUUUCAACAAACAGAUGAGGAGGCUUAUUACUCUCAUUUUAACCAUUGUGUUAAAUCUGCUUUACAACAAUACGAGAAUCUGAACAGUUUAAAUACACAAGCAUCAAAAGAUAAAGAAUUUCCUAAACCUGUUGUUAAUUGUUCUUCACUUCCUGUUCGUGUUCAAUGUAAUUUAUGUGGCAGAAAAUUAUUUCAACACAAUUUGGCUGUACAUAAUCGUAUUCAUACUGGAGAAAUGCCUUUCAAUUGUGAAUUUUGUUUUAGGCCGUUUAGAACAAAAUCAGCUUUAAAUGUCCAUUUUCGUUCACACACUGGUGAGCGUCCUUAUAAUUGCCCAUUUUGUUGUUAUGCCUGUAUUACUAAACCAAAUUUGAAAAGGCAUAUAACUAAUAAACAUGACAAAGCAACUGGAAGAACAUUCAAAUUGUGUGCUAUAAGAAAUUGGCGAUGA